UGAACAGUCAUCAGCACAAAGUUCAGUGACCGAGUGGUGCAAGAGUUAGCAACAUGAGUGCUGAGUGUAAAUUAUCGCAAGAGGAUAUGCGGUCAACACAGAGUCAGGAGCAGCACUCCGGGAACCAAACGACUGCGACAAGGAUUCAAACAGGGUCGAGGUGCUCUCAGAUGGAUUAUGCUAUGAAGUCUCUCAGCCUUUUGACUCCGUCCUCACUUACCAAGUGUGUGACAGCCAGCGUGUCGGCAAGCGCCGCCAUGACCCAGCAGCUGCUCCUGUCGGGUCGAACUCCUCGAACGAAGCCCUUCAGAGUCACAAACGCAGACCGCAGUGUGAAGAAGGGCAUCAUGGCAGACACGCUGCAAGACCUGAUGAACAAGGCAAGCGACUCGCUGAGUGUACAGUGUGCCAGUGCGAUGGUGCUGGAUGAAGACGGCACCGGUGUGGACACGGAGGAGUUCUUCCAGACGCUGCUUGAUAACACGGUCCUCGUGGUCCUGGAGAAAGGACAGAAGUGGACCCCACAUCCAAACAGCCCCCCCAGAGAUCAGCUCUGCGAGCAGAGGCUGCUGCACCGGACAGAUGUGGCCAAGCUGACCUUUGACCUCUACAAGAACAACCCAAAGGAUUUCAUUGGCUGCCUGAACAUGAAAGCCACCCUGUAUGGCGCUUACUCUGUGUCCUAUGACCUGCGCUGCUAUGCUGCCAAAAAGAUGCUGAGGGAGGCUCUGCGGUGGACCAUCUUCUCCAUGCAGGCCACAGGCCACAUCCUGCUGGGCUCCUCCUGCUACAUCGAGCAGCUGCUGGAGGAGGAGGAGGAGGAGGAGGAGCGGUCGGAGAAGGGCCUGGCACUGCCACAGGAAGGCAGGAUCAGGCAGCUGCAGAGCAUGCUGCUGGGAAAGAUCUCCUACUGACGAGGGACUCCGACCGACGAGGGUGGAGUGGACAUUUUGUCGAUUCUUUGGUUUAGCACACUGAUGAAACAGGUGGUCGCUGUUUGAUCAUAUCAAUGUUUCCUGUGCAAGUUUGGAGACUUGGCAGAUGUUGCAACCGCUUUCUUCUCACAGUCACUUAAUUUCUCUGUUACAUAUUUUGUCACUUAUGUACGAAGUAGCCAACAUUACAAGUUAUUCCUCAGAAAGCACUAACUCACUUCUAAGUAACUUUUUUUUCCUUUGGAGAUGAUAAAUAAAAUUGACACUUUUUAAAAAUG